AAUGUAAGCCAAUUUGGCUCAUUUUUUUUUGGUUCUUAAAUCAUAAGAAUGUGUCCAAUAUUAAGAUAUCAAUGGUACUCAAUAUGAAGGAUAAAUAAGACUUAUAUAACCAAAUGAAUAAAAAUUAGUAUUCAAUUACACUCGUAAUUUGGCAACUAAUGAAUCUAAUGAUAAUAAACAAGUGCAAUUCAAAGAUUUAACCUAUUUGAAAGUACAAAAUCAAAUGCCACAAUCUCAGAUUAUUGAAAAAUCAAAAUCAGAAAAAAAAACAAAAACUUUUGUAAGAUGGGAAUAGAAUGUAGAUGCUUCAAACUUAGAAGAUUAAGCAGUGAAAAAUUUUGAUCAAUUUGAAGCUAUUAAAAAAUUUGGAAUUGAACCAACUUAUGAUGAAAAUAAAUAUACAACCAAAUUAAUUGCACCUGUAACUGAAGAUUUAAGACUAUAUGCAGAAAAAUGUGAAAAAGAAUUAAAAAAUGACACAUCUAAUAAACAUGUCCUUGAAGAAAGAAAUCUAAAAUAAUUAGAUGAUGAAGAAUAAGCAUAUUCAGAAGUUAUAAGAGAAUAAUCAUAAUAAAUUGUCCAAAUUCAAUAAACAAUCUAAACUUAAUUAAUUUCUCCUUCAUAUCAAUUUUUCAAUUCCAAUAAAAAAAGAGAAAAAAAUAAUAAAAUACAAUAUAUAGAAAAAUUAUUAGAACCUGUAAAUCUAAUUUCAGAUGAGCCAGAAUAACAAUUAAAAAUUAAAUAGCUCAAUUAGUAAGCCACGACAAAGUAAUUCUAUUUUUAAUAAGUUAAUAGAUUUAAAUUUCAAUAGGCUACCACUGAUAAUAUCCCUAAGCUAAUGCUUUCUAAUUUCAUUAAUGCUAUUGAAGGUUAUAAAUGGUAAAACAUGAAUCCUGAUCCAAACAAAAAUAAAAAAGAGAAACUUAAAAAAUGA